AUGCGUCGUAACUGGCUCCUGCGCUGCAGCAUCCUGAUCAACGUGGCGGUGGUGCUGUACAUCGGCAGCCAUCUGCUGAUCGGCAGCGGCAACUUUGCCCUCGGUCCGGCCUACAUCAUAUCGGACGAGGUGCUAAAGCAACCGGCUGCCGAGCAGUUCAAACCGUACCUGCCGGCCCAGCAGCGGUUGCUUGAGGCCGAGCAGCAACUGUUCGAGCAACAGCAACAACAGCUCUUUCUACAACAACAGCAACAGCAGCAGCAGCAGCAGCAGCAACAGCAACAACAAUCACCUCAACAAGGACACAGUAGUUUAGUGUUAAAAAUUCAAGAAAAUGGGAUCGGUGUGCAGGAAGUGUUUCAACAGUCGCAACCCCAGCGACAGCUGGUUGCAAGAGGUGCCCACCAACAGCAGCAACAGCAGCAGCAGGAGCAGUUGAUGCAGGAAGCACGAGAUGUAGAUAACAGUAAUCUUAAUGUAGACGAUAGUCGUUUCGAUGUGCCAACGGAGAAGAGCACCGUCCGGAAGAUGGUCGUCGGUGGGGAUGUGCUCUAUCAGGACGGCCAGCAACUCGCCGGCGUGGGACCGGGUGGUGGAGCAACGGGUGUGCUAAAUGGUAGCGAUAUCUUCUCCACUACCGCAUCCAUGGACGUGGAUGCCAAGCUGAGAUCACUGCUCAAUUGCCAUGACCGCGACUACGAACCGUACAUCGGCCAGCGGGGUGACUUCUGGGUGUUGCGGAACUACAUCCGCGCCGAACACGGUGACUUGCGGUGCCACGAAACAAUCACCUAUACAACACACGCAGAUUACACGUUUCUGGAUAAUUUAGUACCACUUCUGGAGAGGUGGAACGCUCCAGUUAGCCUUGCGCUUCAUGCACCGGGCACGGAUUUUGUGCCCACGAUCAAUUCAAUAAAAUAUCUAAGAGACUGCAUACCAGAGAGUCAUUUAGUGCGACAGUUUGUCACAUUUCAUAUUUAUUUUAGUAGUAAACAUAUUCCAAAAUUUGUUCCUAAACACAAUCAAGUAUUAGAUACGUCGUACAACUGCUCACUGGCGAUACCAUAUUUCAACGUGUCGGUGGCGCAGCUAUACAAGACGCAGAAAAAGCUGCUCUAUCCCGUCAACGUCGGUCGCAACAUUGCACGAGACGCGGCGAUGACACAUUUCCUCCUAGCUAGCGAUAUCGAAUUGUAUCCUAAUCCGGGUCUAGUUCAUAAGUUUCUGGAGAUGAUCGCACGGAACGAGCCUGUGUUGCAGCGCAAGAAUCCACGAGUCUUUCCUCUGCCAAUAUUCGAGGUAGAUAACAGUUCACCGGUGCCACGGGAUAAGGCCGAGCUGCAAGAACUACUGCGGUCCGGCAAAGCGAUUCCUUUCCACAAACGUGUCUGCUCCAGUUGUCACGGUGUGCCGAAGUCCAAAGAGUGGAUCGCUGCCAAUGAAACCGACGAUUUGGGCGUGUUUCAUAUCGGCAAACGAAUUGGCUAUUUCGUUCAUUGGGAACCGAUCUACAUCGGAACACAUGCCGAUCCGCACUAUGACGAGCGGUUAAGCUGGGAAGGAAAAAGUGAUAAAAUGACGCAGGGCUAUGCACUGUGCGUCCUCGAUUACGAUUUCCACAUUCUCGAUAACGCUUUCCUGGUGCACAAACCGGGCAUCAAGGUCCUGAAAAAGGACCCGAAGCGAGCGAUGCUGGCGGCGAAAACGAACCAGCUGAUCAAGAAGAUCAUCUACCCGGAGCUGCAGGUCAUGUACGGAACGCGCAAGGGCUGUGCUGUAUAG